AUGCUCCAACGUUGGUCGGCGGUGAGGUUCCGAUGCCCCGAUGCACCAGCAGAGAUGUUGCAGAGGUCGCGCAAACCAGACGACGUCGCUUCCAUCGACCAGGAUCAUCGCGACCUGGUCAAGGCGUACAAGGACGAACCCGGCAUCAAGGCCUUCAUGGAUGCACACUGCAACAAAACGAAUUUCAACGACGGCUGGAAUUGUAUUGGCAGGGCGCGCUUCUCACAGCUGCGCCGCUUCUGUUCGGGAAUGGCGUUCGUGUUAGCUAAGACAACCUCGGUGGAGUCCGACUUCAGCAUCCUGAAAUGA